CAUUACAAUCGGGUUUCUGCAGAAAUUGUCAGAAGUCGUGUACAAAAUGUACAGGAGAAUGCAUUUCGUGUGAAGAUGCUGGGCUUUAUCUAUGCAGUUUUAGUUCUAGUUCCAAUGCCAAUAUGGGGUUUCUAUGUCCCUGGUGUUGCCCCAGUGGAGUUCAAGAGAGGAGAUGUGGUGGAAGUGAAGGCUGUUAAAAUGACAAGUGUGAAGACUCAGCUUCCAUACGAAUACUAUUCUUUGCCUCUUUGCUAUCCGCAAGCUGGCAUUUUUUACAAAGCAGAAAACCUUGGGGAAGUCCUGAGGGGUGACAGAAUUGUCAACACACCAUACCAGGUUCAGAUGGACAUCAACAAAGGAUGCGAAGUUCUGUGUAAUCUUCCUGAUCAGCCUGUUUCCAUCAAAGAGAAAGACAGCCACACUCUCGCUAGUCGUAUCAGGAACCAAUACUACGUUCAUUUACUUGUCGAUAACUUGCCAGUUGCUACAAAGUUUCAACUCCUUGAUACCGGUGAAGUGCAGUAUGAGCACGGCUAUAAGAUAGGCUUUGUCAAAGAUAAUAAAGUUUAUAUCAAUAAUCAUCUCAAACUGAUCCUGAAAUACCACACCGAGGACUCUGAGACUUUCCGAGUUGUUGGAUUUGAAGUUGAACCAAAGAGUAUCAAAUAUGGAGAGCUAAAAGUCAAGGAGGGAAAAUGUACAGUUGACCCUCCAACUAAGGCUAUUCAGCCCCAGGAGAUCAUUGAUAAAGCUGAGAACAAAGUAAUGUUCUCAUAUGAGGUUGAGUGGCGACCAAGUAACAUCCGCUGGGCUUCUCGAUGGGAUACCUACCUCGCCAUGAGUGACGUACAGAUUCACUGGUUCUCCAUCAUCAAUUCCGUGGUUGUCGUUUUCUUUUUGGCUGGUAUCUUGACCAUGAUCAUUGUGCGCACACUGAGGAAAGAUAUUGCCAGAUAUAACAAAGAUGAUGAUAUUGAAGACACGCUCGAAGAGACUGGCUGGAAACUGGUUCAUGGAGACGUUUUCAGACCACCUAGGAACAAGAAGUUAUUUGUUGCCAUGAUUGGUGCUGGUCUUCAGAUCUUCUGUAUGGCAUUUAUCACGAUCAUGUUUGCUAUGUUGGGCAUGUUAUCGCCAGCCUCGAGAGGAGCCCUUAUGACAGCUGGACUUUUCCUUUUCGUCUUUAUGGGGCUAAUUGCUGGGUACUUUUCUGCACGAUUGUACAAAACACUGAAAGGACUUGAAUGGAAGAGUGCGGCACUCUGGACUGCUACUCUGUACCCAUCGUUUAUGUUUGGAUGUUGUCUCUUCUUAAACUUUUUCAUCUGGGGAAAACAUUCUUCUGGAGCUGUACCAUUCACCACCAUGCUGGCUCUACUUUGUAUGUGGUUCGGCAUCUCUCUACCACUAGUAUUCCUCGGGUAUUUCUUCGGCUAUAGAAAGCAGCCGUAUGAACAUCCUGUGCGAACAAAUCAAAUUCCGAGACAAGUACCAGAUCAGAUGUGGUACAUGAGCCCUCUCUUGGGCACUCUCCUCGCUGGAAUUCUACCAUUUGGAGCAAUGUUUAUCGAAUUAUUUUUCAUCUUUACCGCUAUCUGGGAGAAUCAGUUCUACUACCUGUUUGGUUUCCUGUUUCUCGUCUUCAUCAUCUUGAUCAUCUCCUGUUCUCAGAUAUCAAUUGUUAUGGUCUACUUUCAACUAUGUGGAGAGGAUUACCACUGGUGGUGGCGAUCCUUCAUUGUAUCUGGCGGAUCGGCAUUCUAUGUGUUUGCGUAUUCCAUAUUCUACUUUAUAACCAAGCUCGAAAUCACAGAAUUCAUUCCAACACUGCUCUACUUUGGCUACACAUUGAUCAUGGUUUUCACGUUCUGGUUGUUGACCGGCACUAUAGGCUUCUACGCGGCGUACUUCUUCAUCAGAAAAAUCUACGCCGCAAUCAAGAUUGACUGAUUCACAGGACAUGAUAUUGGAUGUGUUUGAACUUUAUGAUGGAUUGAGAUGCUAGUCCAGUGGGGCGCAGGUUGUUUAAGUGAGUUGUGAUUGCGUACGUCGCUCUAGCAGUCGAGGAACAAAGAAUAAUCAAUAUAAUAAAAACAUGAUUUAACCUGUGUAGGAAGUGUCAUCGUUACCGAGGAGAAGGGACAGCACGGGGCCAGUAGUAAAUGGUUGUGGGACUGGACAUAGGGACCUAGGCAAAAUAUUAGAUGAAUCAUUGAGGAGUCUGAGCUAUCCAUCAGUAAAGAUGGAACUAACACUUUUUAGAUAGUGGUCGGGUCAUCUACACUUCUUCUGGGAGAUGUAUUUUUUGCUCUAUGAAUAAAGUUAGGCCAAACCAUAGAGAUUCUCUGCUAAUAUUAUCCAGUCCGAGAUUUUCUAUGAGAUGUAAUCUCUAUUUUUUUCUCUAAGUCCGAAGCUUAAGUUAUUUGUAUUUAUUGUGCAGAAUUCACUGGUAAAGCAACCGAACAAGUGGCAAGGGUGGAAUCAAUGUCAUGCUGACAUACCUGCGUAAUGUUUGGAUUCCUAGUUGGCUGUUGGGUCAAAAGUUGUCAAGCCUUUCGAAAUUCACUUUUAGAAUAAUUUUUCAGGGAAAAUGACAAUUGAGACAGCUUGGCCAAAUUAUCCGGACCGUAAAGGUAGCUUGUUAAAAUAAAAUUGUACUGUUGUGUUAUAGAAUUGACUAAUGAUCUGAUCCACCACUUGACAAAUGUCUUGCUUGAACUAUCUUGUGUGUCCAAUGUCUGAUAAGGUUGGUGUUUUCUUUUAUUGCUUCCUGUAUGGUAUUUCAUUGCAGACUUUGCUCCUGUGAUUUGGAAUGGAUUGUAAAUGAAGCAAUGUCAUUGCAGGCAAUGCUCCUGCCAUUAGGAAUGGACUGUGAAUGAAGCUAUGUCAUUGCAGGCAAUGCUCCUGCCAUUAGGAAUGGACUGUGAAUGAAGCUAUGUCAUUGCAGGCAAUGCUCCUGCCAUUAGGAAUGGACUGUGAAUGAAGCUACUUCAUUGCAGGUCAUGCUCCUGCCAUUAGGAAUGGACUGUGAAUGAAGCUACUUCAUUGCAGGUCAUGCUCCUGCCAUUAGGAAUGGACUGUGAAUGAAGCUACUUCAUUGCAGGUCAUGCUCCUGCCAUUAGGAAUGGACUGUGAAUGAAGCUACUUCAUUGCAGGUCAUGCUCCUGCCAUUAGGAAUGGACUGUGAAUGAAGCUACUUCAUUGCAGGUCAUGCUCCUGCCAUUAGGAAUGGACUGUGAAUGAAGCUACUUCAUUGCAGGCAAUGCUCCUGCCAUUAGGAAUGGACUGUGAAUGAAGCUACUUCAUUGCAGGUCAUGCUCCUGCCAUUAGGAAUGGACUGUGAAUGAAGCUACUUCAUUGCAGGCUAUGCCCCUGCCAUUUUGAAUGGAUUGUAAUUGAAUGUGUGCUCACAGUAUGUGGCGCCUACAGGCCUUUCAGCUUUCAUUCAGUUCUUUUCACUCAAGUGACUUUUAAAGAAAUGGCAUUUAGAUUCUUCCUAGUCGGCACCAAUGUACUGUUUCAAAGUUUCUACACAGGGUAGUUCUUCGACACUAAAAAAUGUGACCUAACAUUCAAACAGCAUUUUGUGUACAGUUUUGGAUGUGUAUUUGUAUGGCCUUCUCAACAGGCACUCUGAAAUAUUUAUUAGUAACAGUUAAGCAGAAUAAGGGCUCAAACAUGUAACUUGAUGUAAAUAGAAUAAUGUACACAUGUAUGUAUUGUAAAUAGUAUGACAAAUAUAUAUAUGCUGCAGCUGAUUAAAGGAGGCAUCUGCCCCAACAUACAGCGAGUGCUCAAUUAAGUGAGGGACAGAGCCAUUUCUACCAAACCAGACUUUGAGUAAAAGCCAAUCUGGCACUUUAGCAAAAUGCUUCUGUAAGUCGUUAAUAUUGUGCCAGAAGAGAAGACUUGGCCUUACCAAUUUUCCUGUCUUGAAGUGAAUAGGCCGUUGCAGGCACUAAUUCAACCAAAGAUCAAAUCCAAAGCUAACUUGGCACAUUCUGUAUUUUGAAAUCUGGUGACGACAGUGUCAUUAUCUGUAACACAGGUUGUCACUGAUAUGUACUACUCACUUACUGUGGCACAGUUUUGUUAAAAGAUCUCUUUGUCACCUGCAUUGGUGUUGGAAGUUUAAUGAGCAGGAGAGGAUAAGAAAGGUCAAAUUCUCAAAUCAGAGUUGACCAUGUAUAAUGACUUUCCCUGCGAUUUCUUCACAAUGACCAGUACUGAACCAUAUCUUGUUACAGCUUACUGUUGCUCAUAGUAUUCAAUACAAUGUACAUGUAUGCACUGAUUGAAAAGUGUCGUUUCUUCCAUUGUUUUAUGGGAUUGUCUCCAAAAAGACUGUAUUAGAUGUUUUGUUAACUAACGUUUGGGAAUUUGUUCAACAAUAUCUAAUUGUUUGAGUUUGUAUUGUAAUUAUUAAUCUCAAGUAAUACCAGGUAAGUUGUUAUGACUGCAGUAGCUUUUACUGUUCCUAAGUCUCUUUCCUUCUGUAACUUCCUUUGUUCCUCUGCAACAACUUGAACUUUUCAAGGUAGAUAACUAUAAAUUGGUAUAAAGGUAUCUGGUUCAAGUGCAAGCAUUUUGGAAAUGAUGUACUGUACACACGUGUACUUAAUAAUUAAUGAUGCAGGACAAAUGCUUUAUUCUGUAGAAGUAAAGUCGAUGUGCACGAAGUUCGUAUAAA